GAAAACAGCAAACAUGCCUGAAGGAGGAAAAGGAGGCGUAGCGAAGAAGGGUUCCAAGAAAGCCGUUGCUAAGAGCACAAUCAAAGGUGGCAAGAAAAGGAGAAAGUCCAGGAAGGAGAGCUAUGCCAUCUACGUCUACAAGGUCCUGAAGCAAGUCCACCCCGACACCGGUAUCUCUUCAAAGGCGAUGGGCAUCAUGAACUCUUUUGUGAGUGACAUCUUUGAGCGUAUCGCUGGUGAGGCCUCCAAGCUGGCUCACUACAACAAGCGCUCCACCAUCAGCUCCAGGGAGAUCCAGACUGCUGUCCGCCUGCUCCUGCCUGGAGAGCUGGCCAAGCAUGCUGUGUCUGAGGGCACCAAGGCUGUGACCAAGUACACCAGCUCCAAGUAAACACUUCAACUGUCCAACCAACCAAAAGGCUCUUUUAAGAGCCACCCACAUUAUCUCUAGAGCAAAUUCUGUAUUGUAUGUUUUAAAGUAGUGUAUGAUGCUGAAAAUCUUCAAUAACAACAAUAAUUUUCCAGAUAGUUUAUAUACAUGUUGAUUGACACUCUGAAAGAUUAAUUUAGCAUAGGAGUUUAUAGGAUUUCAACUUGUAUAAACCAUUUCCUGAAAGACGAACAACAUGCAGGUCUUUGUACAUUACAAAAUAAUAUCUGUGAGUUGUAAGUCAAAUGAUGGUAUAAUGAGUCGUGCUUCACAAUUAAGUGAGGUGGUGCACAGGAUGAAGUAUGUGUUUACCUAACCACCUACCAGAUGGACGUCACAAUUUGGUCCCCAACAGUGCGCAGCACACGACCCUACAGACUGAGCUUCUGCUGUCCUAUAUGAAGAAGCUAAAACCUUACAGAACCAUGAUGCUUUGUACAUUGAUGUCAGCCUCUAGACAAUUUUCUAACCUCUGCUGCACAAUAUUUUCAAAGCAGAAAGAUGGAAAGUGUGUUUAAUAUUUCAUACAGUUGCACAAUACAACAUCAUGCUUAAAGAAUAUACUUUACUCCUGAUAGUCCAGUAGAAUUAAGCUGAAUACUCUAAUUUCUGCUGACAUAACAAAGGAAUAGGAACUCUGAUACAUGAUCUGGAUCUUUAUACUCUGUGCUUAUAAUAACACAGGUGCUGUGAUUCCCAUAGUCUAGAGUAUAGCUCUUUUAGGCCUUUUAUCUGAUUUAAAUGCCAAUAAAAUAACAACUGAAAUGUAAAAAAAAAUGCACUGGAAUGAGGAAAAAGCACUUAGUGUUUAAAAGGUGGAUCACUGAUUUCAAAUGAAAAGAUCAUGUAUAACCUAUAUUGCAAACCAGGAGAGUUUAAAAAGAUGUGGGGUGGGUUUUUUAAGUCAUGUUUGGAGACAAGCUGAAACUUAAUAUUUCUUUUGUCUCACAGUUCUAUAAAUACUGUCUGUGUUAUGUUUAGGUAAGUCAGGCCCGUUUUGUGCUUGUUGUGAUAACAGGAAUAAGACAGUGAAAUCUAAAAGGCCAACCCAAUCACAGAAUCAGGUCAGACAUUGUGUAAUUAUGAAAACUAAAAUGAGCAUCACUAUGGGAUCAAUCGGUACUUUGAAAGUAUACAGCUUACAAAAUGUUUGAAAUCACAUUCACAGGUGUGCAGCAGCCUCUUUACCUGCUGAUAUAUAAAGACCUUUAUUCAGUGAUUAGACUCACCUGUGGAGUCAAACACACUCAGGGGGACUGAAAAAAGUCGAAGAUGGAUUAAAUUUAGUGCAUACAUAAUCUUUGUCUGUUAAACCCGACUAUGAGUCAGUAAGAGAAUUCUUCUUUUAGUGUUUGGAAAACAUUUCUCUGUUUUCUGCUCAGCUUGAGAAACUCUUCCUCCUCUUGACAGUCCUCUUCACUCCUCAUUUGACUUUUUCACCCCAGGAGAUCACUUAGGAGCUAAAAGGAUUUGUUUAUAACUUUUACCUUUAAGAGGGUCUAGUAGGCCAGGAACGACCUCUAUGUGACGUUCUGUGAAACAGUCUCACACUGAAUGAUUUAAUGUAUGCUGAGACAUCUUAAAUGUUUGUUAUCAUGUUGUAAUCUUUGCUGUCACUUCAUUGUAACUGUUCUUUUGACAUGUGCUGCUGACCUCUUGGCCAGGUCACCCCUGUGAAAGAGAUCCUGA